CAAGUGAUAAAGUCUGUCUUCUGCCUACAAAAGUCUGUCCGUCCGCGAUUAGCCACUCCUAUCUCGACGAUACUUAAUUAGAUUUAAUUUCAAUAAUCUGGUGCGUGAAAUGUAGUGUUUCAUAUACAACAUUUGUGUAUUGCGAUGGCUUAGUUGUUUGUAAAGUGUUUAAAAAGAUAUCACAAUGUCUGGCCGAGGUGUGUUGAGGAAGCUGUUUUAUAAAAAGCAGCAUAAUAAAGAUGAGAGGGCGACUGAGAUCGGAAUGCCUACCAACGUGAAGCAACAUAUCCAUGUAAGUAAGAAUUCAGAAACUGGGAUGUUAGAAGGUCUACCAUCAUCAUGGUUGAGACUUAUAAAUACGCAAAUCACACCCGCGGAACAAAACGAAAACCCGGACGCGGCCAUUCAGGCUGUGAAGUUUCAUAUGUACACAAUAAAGAAGGAAAAGGCGCAGGAUGAACCAUUUAAGCCGUUUGUGACUGAAGAAGCUAUCACUGAAGAAGAUUUGGAGAUAGAGAAAUUAUUAGAUAAGAAAAAUGCCCACCAAAGUCAAGACUCUGAUCUAUCCAUUGGUCAGAGUAGUGAAGAGGAUGUUGCACCGAAUGAUAAUUUCUCCCAAAGACAAACUAUGCCGGCAACGCCAACUAAACAUAGUAUGAAAAAGAAAGAUGCAAUGAUGGACUUAACAGCGGUGGUUCAAGAUUUGACUUUAAUAGGAGAUGAAUCAGAGGAGAGCCCAAUUCUACGGAAGAAGGAGAUGAUGAAUGCAGCUCUGACUGAUGAAGAAGUGUAUGAGGAAUUAAAAAGAAUUUGUAAUAAGGAUGAUCCUUAUGUAAGGUUUGAGAGGAUCAAACAACUUGGCGCAGGAGCUUCAGGUGUUGUUUUCAUCGCUAUAGACAGCAAAGAUAACUCAAGAGUUGCCAUCAAAGAUAUUGAUUUGACAAAACAAUCCAAAAAGGAUCUCAUACUCAACGAAAUCAAUGUAUUAAAAGGAUUUCACCACAAGAACUUAGUUAACUUCCUUGAUGCAUUCUUAAGUUACGAUCACCUUUGGGUUGCUAUGGAGUUACUAGAUGGUGGCUCGUUGACUGAUGUUGUAACAGAAGUGGUCAUGAAGGAAGGACAAAUCGCAGCAGUUUGCCGUGAAACACUUCAAGCAAUCGCUUUCUUACAUUCAAAAGGAACUAUACAUAGAGAUAUUAAAUCUGACAAUGUGCUACUAGGCAUGGAUGGUACGGUGAAAGUCACAGAUUUUGGAUUCUGUGCUAAUAUUGUUGGCGAUGAAAAGAGACAGACUAUGGUCGGUACACCAUAUUGGAUGGCACCGGAAGUAGUGACUAGAAAACAGUAUGGUAAAAAGGUAGAUGUUUGGUCAUUGGGCAUAAUGGCUAUAGAAAUGAUUGAAGGGGAACCCCCGUAUAUGAAAGAAACACCAUUACGUGCUUUAUAUUUGAUAGCUGCGGUUGGACGACCAAAGAUUCCGAGAUGGGAAUCUUUGUCACCUGAUUUUCAAGACUUCUUGGACAAGUGUCUGCAUGUUGAUGUAGAUUUGAGAGCGACUGCAGAUGAAUUACUCGCUCAUCCGUUCCUUGAAUGUGCUAUGGAACUAAAGACUCUCACUCCGUUGAUUAAAGCUGCUCAGAGAAUUCUACACAAAAGUUACGACUGAAGUUACAUUGAACGGUAAUUACCUUUUACAUUUUAUUACAACAGUUUCUAGUUCAUCUAUUCUAUACUUUUACGUAUGAUUAGAUUAAUUUUGACAAUAUAAAUGUUUAGAUUGUCUAAAGCUUGAGAACAAAUGUAUGUCCAUAUAAAAAUUAAGUGCCAAUGAAAGGCUUGUAUUUUUAUCGUUAUUUCUGGUCAUUCGUACCAAAAGACUGCAUCAUGUUUAAACGAGCGGAAAGAAAUUUUGAUAACGUUUACUCGUUUUAUUAUCGUUGUGCCGUAAUAUUAGGACACGUCAUUGUGUAAAUAUUUUCACAACGAAAUUGCAUACAUCCGUCUUAGAGAGGGCAAGGUCGAGAAUGUGUGCUUUCAAAAGAAUCACAAGGAUCCCAACAUACAAAAUAUGAUAGGUUAAAGAUUUAAUAUAGAAAAUUACGUCAAGUCAUGAUCAUGGCAAUAUAUAUUUACAUUAAAGUACUACAUUGUGACUAGUAAUAGUGCGAAGUUUUACUUGUUUAGUAAAAACUCGCACUAUGCACUCUGACGUUAUUAUAAUACAAUAUUAAGGAUUAUAGGGAGUUACGGUGUCAAAGUUAAAUGUUGUUCAACCGAUAUGCGAUUUUUACAACUUACUAAUAAAACUAUAAGGAAACAUGCACAAUUACCUUAUCGAUUUGUGAUAAAAAAUUGUGUUAUUAAAAAAAUAAAUCGUGAAACUCAAAUGCAAAAUGGAAUUUAAC